UGAUGGCUGUCACACAGCAGCCAUUUUAGGAAUGCAAUUUCUUCGUGUCUCUUCUGCAUUAUUACUUGGUGGGUCACUUCAGGUCCUGUGGACAGAGCACAAGGCUGCAAGGCAUCUCUCUGUUCUACCCAGAGGCUGUGAGUGUCGUUUCAUGAUCAUUAUAACCCAUCGAAACCAGCAGUGUCUGACACUUGCUUUGCCUUCCUGGGUGUUUCUGCACAGCCAGCUGAUCAUCCUGCCAUCCAAGCACCAUGUCAGGCAGCAGCUUGUCCAUACAUGAGAUUAAGUGAUGCUGGAACCACACCUGUAACCUUUGAAGGGGGAUCUUAGGAGGAUGCUGAACUGCAGUGCAACCCAGCAGAACCAUUCCUCCAACGAGACACUGCCACACACCUCAGAGAGGCUCCACACCAUUCUCAUAGCCCUGUACAUCAUCGACCUGGCUGGUGGCACCCUCGGGGUCAGCAUGAUGUCCCGUAAGUUAUUCCAGCGGCGAUCACAGUCUGUGACAACCGUUGUCAUCGUCAGCCUCCUGGUGCUGCACACCUUCAUGCUGCUCAGCAUCCCCUUCCGCCUCAGCUAUUACGUUUUGAGGGAGUGGAAAUCCGGGAGGCUCGCCUGCAAGCUCACAAGCGCCAUCCUCUACAUCCACAUGUAUGCCACCUUUGUGUUUUAUGUGGGCAUCAUCAUAAUACGCCUCUUCCAACUCGAGUUUAGGAGGUGCUACACUACAGCCUGGGUGGGUGCUGUCUGGCUGGUGGGAGCCCUGGUGAUCACCCCUCUUCUUCUGUCAUACUACGGCACCUCUAAGACAUACCAGUCCUCUGAAUGCUUCCAGUUCCACAGGGAGACACAAGAGGCACACAUGGUGAUCAUCAGCUACUGCUUGGUUGGGGUUUUGGUGGCAGUUUGUGCUGUGCUCACCGUAAUGCAGUUGUUCGUGAUCUAUAGACUGGCUGUGAAAUACUGGCCUGACAUCAACUCCCAUGUGGAAUUCAGGGCUCAGGCAAAGAGUUUCUUCUUCAUCUUGGUAACAUUAGUGUGCUUUAUGCCUCAUCUUGCGUUCAGAGUGUAUUACACCCAAAACUACCACCUGGAUAAAGGCUAUAAACUACUCUUAUACAACGAAAUUUUUCUAGCUUUAACAGCAAUGUGCUGCUUGGAUAUGUUGUGCUUCCUCACAGGAACAGCCUGCUGACCUGGGAACUGCCAGGGAACCCAGCUGCAGUGUGUCAACACUGGCUUUUGGCAGAAAUAAAGCUGUGUCAGGACUCUGCUAGGGAAACUGCUGAGCUUUCAGCAGGGCUGCACCGGCCUGUAGAGCCGUUUGCCUCUUGCAGACCAGUAAGAUCCAUCUUUCAGAAGCCACUGGGUUUUAUCUUCUCUCUGGAAGGCAGACACACGAGUCUUGCUCUAGACUUUGACCUAAGAAUUACACCCUGAAGCUGCAUUAAGAUUUUCUUCAGCCGUCCCUCUCUAACAAUUACAGCAUCCAUUCCUUCCUAAUUGUAACUCAAAGUGUCCCACUAAUAACCCACUGUGGUCAGCAAAUUGUCACCUAACAGCUUAUGGCAAUUGUACUGCUGAAGGGAAGAGAGGAAAGAAAGCAGUUCCUUGACAGGAUUUUUGUGCUAGUGAUUUUAUAUCACAAGGAUGUAAAGUCUACUCAAACAAAAAGUAAUCAGGGCACGAAUCAGGGAAUGAAUGAAACACUGUAGUAGCAGAUUUCAGCAGGCUCCUUCUUUCUUCGCUUACACAAAGUGUAUGAUUAAAUGUAAUGGUAUGAAAACACUUGUUCUCACAACUUAACCUUUACUUGCUUCAUUCCAAACCCACAAGCAGCUCACUGCACUGUAGUAAUUACACAUUCAGAGUGAGUGAGAGCAGAGCAAGUCAAAGGUUUCAAACUUCUACCUUAUGUUACUCUCCCAUCAGGACUCCAUCUGUGGCUGUUAUCCCUAAGACCCAUUGCAGGCAAAGAAACACAAGUUACUGUGGUCUCAGAACCUGAUCUAGAAUCCAAACUGAGAAGUCUGAUCCUUCACUGAGCAGUCAGCCUUUAAGCUAGGCAACUAUUUU